GGGAAGGGAAAAUGGCAGUAUUAUGAGUCUGGUUUUCUUUCAUGAACAAAGCAAACCUAGGUGGUAACAUUAAUUCUGCAGCAAGGGUAAAAAGGCCUACAGCUUGUGGCGCCAUUUCCAGGGACCUCAUUGUUCAAAGUUCAAAGCAUUCAUCUUCACCUUGUCGCUUCUCAUCCUGCAACGAACACAGAUAACCUAUGCAGAGUACUCUAAUGGAAGAAAGCGUGUCGGGCUCAACCCCACAACCUAUUGCUGUAUCCCUGCCUCAGGUGACCAAGAUGGACGUGGUGAACAGUGCAGGGGCAAUAGUGGUUGCAGAACCCGUUACAACGCCGGUGAGCGGAGGCCAAGGCAGCUUUGAUUUGUCUGGGAAAAAGAAGAGGGGAAGGCCCAGAAAAUAUGACUCCGAUGGAAACUUGACGACAUCGUAUCAGCAACGGUCUGCCUCUCCCUUCUCUUUAUCCUCCAAAAGGGGUCGACCUAAGCCUCUUCCCCACCUUUUCGCAUCCUUCGGUGGGUUUUUUGCAAACACAGCUGGCGGGGAUUUUACACCUCAUGUGGUGACUGUUCGUACCGGAGAGGAUGUUGCAGGAAAAAUUCUUGCAUUCGCCCAGAACGGUCCCAGAGGAAUAUGCAUUCUUUCUGCCAAUGGAGCUAUCUCUAAUGUCACAAUGCGCCAACCUGGCUCUUCCGGUGGCUUCUUGACUUACGAGGGUCGAUUUGAGAUUUUAUCUCUGUCUGGGUCAUUCACAAUGAACGACAAUGGCAGUGGCAUGACAAGUCGGACUGGUGGGUUGAGUGUCUCACUAGCUGGCCCUGAUGGACGUGUCAUAGGAGGUGGAGUUGCAGGUUUAUUGACAGCUGCUAGCCCAAUCCAGAUUGUGAUGGGCAGCUUCAUGUCAAAUGGUUUUUACCAUAAGAAAUAUAAAAAGAAGCAGCAACCUAAUUCAGGUGGUCCAGAUACGGGGAUGGCAGGUAGGCCGGUCUCACAUGAAAAUCUUAAUGGUGAAGCCUUCUUGAAACCAACGUCUCAGAUACCAGAACAAGGCCAGAGAGAAUCCGAGGUUGUCACUAUUGAUGAACAGAACUUGGAUGCUACACCCAAUGAGCACUUGAACGGUUCUCAACAUUUGUCGGAUCACAGGCCGCACCCAGACAUCAAUAUAUCUCUGCCUGCACAAUAGAGGUUUUAGGUGAUUUGGAGGCUGACAUGAUAACAGAAUGAAGCUAACUGGUACCUUUGUGUUGACAACCAGAUUAUUUGUUGUAGUGUUAUUAAUAUUAGGAUAUUGUCAGGAAUUGGAAAGGAAUGAGGACUCGUCUUUUUGUCUGGUCUCUAGUUCUUUUAUUGUAUCAGAAAGAUUGUUAGCCAUUACCCGGAGAAGUUUAAGGUUUGUUGUUUCAGUAAUUGAGUCAGAGAUUACUUGUAUGGUACACUGAUGCUUAUUCACAUGUUCUUUAAUUAUCAGCAUCACUCUCACGCUAAUUGUAUUUUAGAUGCAUGAAUUAUGCCUGUUCUAGAUGCAAGAAGUUCUUGCAAAAAUCAAAGUUGUAAAAUUAUUAAGAAUCACAACAGUAGAGUUUCUUAGAACGUUACGUUCCAAGUCAUCCUGUUCA